AUGGAUGAAUUGACCUUGGUAAAUAAGUGUAUUGAAGGCGACCCCUUAGCGCAGCGUAAGUUGUUUGAUAUGUAUGCCCCUAAGAUGCUGGGAGUCUGCUUACGUUACACCAAUAGUGUGGAGCAAGCAGAGGAUGUAUUGCAGGACGGUUUUGUAAAGGUAUUUACCAAGCUUUCAUUGUAUAAAGGAAAUGGUUCUUUAGAAGGUUGGGUGAGACGAAUUAUGGUGAAUACAUCACUGGAUCAUAUUCGAAAGAACGCAAAGUUUCAUCAGAAUGUUUCCGUGGAUGAUGUGAGCUAUAAAAUGGAAUCAGAUGCACAUAUAUUGUCUUCCUUGAUGGAAGAGGAUUUGUUGAAACUGGUGCGUGAAAUGCCGGAUGGAUAUCGAACAGUGUUUAACAUGUUUGCCAUCGAAGGAUAUUCACACAAGGAAAUCGCUAAGAAAUUGGACAUCACAGAAAAUACAUCCAAAUCACAGUAUUCCAGGGCAAAAGCAUAUUUAAGAACGAAAGUAGAAGCAUUGAACAUUGGAAGGUAA